UUAUCUUUAUACAUAUUUAUUUAUCGUAUAUAUUUUGUAUACUAUUUAUCUAUAUUUAUCUAUAUCUGUCAUUUAUUUUGCUCGUAGCUCCAGGCACAACAAUAACAAUAUCAACAACUACAAAGCCAUUUGAAGCUGAAACAGAUAUUGAUGUCCGAUUGAACGGUCCAAAGGAAUCGAUGAAGAGUUCAGUAGCAGUUAAGAACUAUCCAAGUUCCACAGCUCCGACGAAAUUAGGAGGUUUCUCAUUUUAAAAUUUUUUGAACAAAAGUAUUAAAUAUUAUUAUUCUUAUCGCUUUUAUGAGUAGGAAUCGUCAAUGGCGUUGGGAAACCAUCUUCGCCCUACGAGAUUGACGAGACAAAGCAUUUACCGUCUGUAGAUUACAAAACAUUUUUAAAGUAACAUUGAUAAUGAAACCACACUGUGUGAUCUCAAAAAGCUAUUGAUUGUAAGGCGUAAUGUGCUUUAUCCGAUAUGCUGUUAUUGUGUUUUCUGUAAUAAACCUUGUUCCAAGAACUGGAUACCCGGAACCCCAUUGUACUUUCUAAGCAUAAUUCUAAACAUCAACAACUUUUAGUAUAUCUGUCGACAAAAAGUGGUUGAUACACAUUCUAUAUGUAAGUUAAGUAGGUAUGGUAUUGACUUGUGUCCAUCAUUGUACUGUGACCUUUUUUCAUCAACAGUAUGUUAAAAAAUACAAAUUUUUGUGGCAGAACAUAUUGUGUAGCUCUGUUGUAUUAUGCGAUCAUCAAUUUGUUUAAUUUGGCAAAUGUGAAUGGAGCUUAUCAAGGUGAGGACGUUCCUUUAAUGGAAAUUAGGUAAAAUAUAUGUUAAAUUGCUAUAUUAAUUUCUCCUUCAGUUAAAAAGGAAUGCCAUCCGGAUCAUGAAAAACUCCAUGGGACGACAAUUGAAAAUUUUGAACUGAUUUCGGAUGAUUCCAAAUAUGGAGUGAGAGAAAAUGCAUUUGUUAACACCUCGGAUAAGAUUAGCGAUUUUAAAGAAGCAAAAAAAUGUUUGUUGCAUUAUUAUAAAUGUUCAAUUAAAUAUGUGAAAAUUGAUCAUGAUUAGAAUAUUUUCAUAGUAAAACUGAUCAGUAUGUACAUACAGAUUGUGAGGAUAUGGGAAUGCAGUUAGCAGACAUCAAAUCACUAGAUGACUAUAAAUCAAUAAAUGAAUACAUGUUGAAAAAGUACCCCGAUUGUCAAAAAUAUCAGCAUGUUUGGUUAAUCGGAUCAUCUCAAAAACCAGGAGACACUUGGUGGUGGGAUUCUGAUUUAGAAUCAACAAAAUUUCAAAUGUUCCUAGCGUUCGAACCUUUCAAAGGAAAGAUUCCUGUGGACCCCAAGUGGGACAGAGAUUACGUGGUAUUAAUGUGCGUAACAAAAGAUGACGAUAUGCAAGGGCCUACUUAUGGGCACGCUUAUCGGGACACGCCCCACGGUUGGCGUUACAAUCUUGGGAUAAUUUGCCAGUUCCACGCCGAUACCGAAUGCUAUACCAAUAGCAGAGAAACCCAACAGAAUGAAAAGCAUGAGGAUAAAUUGUGGAAACUUGGGGAAACAAAAAAGCGGAAAUAUUGGGCUGGAUCAGGACAGAAACGGUUUGAAGACGCUGAAAUUCAUUGCAAAGAAGGAGAGGAGCAUCCCAUGCACCUACUUGAUUUAGAAAUUACUGAACCCGAGGAAGCCAAGGAAUUGUACAAAUUAAUGUCGGAAUUCAUCAAGAAGCAUGAUGUUCUAUCUUCUGCGACAUCUUUCUUUCUGUCUGGCUCGUUUACUAAAAUGUUUCAAGGGGAUGAGUCUGUCCCUUUCCAGUGGGAGUGGAUUGACAGCCGCAGAGAAUGCAACGUUGAUAACUUUUACUUUAAUUACUUCAAAACUCAACACAGUAAGCAGGGCAAAUGUAUGUCCAUCGGAGCCUUGUACAAUGACAAAGAAGUCUUCACAAUCUCUGCCGCUUUCUGCAAUCUUAUCCAUUGGUACAUUUGCUUCGAGGAGGAAGGCGUGACAGGAGAAGCUCAGAAAGGUCGCUCCUUCGGCAAACGAAUUGGAAGCUCAAAGUCUUCUGUCAGAAGUGAGCAACGUUUCCCCCCACCCAACAAAUUUGGCUCACACAAAGGGUCGACAAGAUAUUUGGCAAAUUCUGAAGACGAAUAUCACAACCCCAUUCGGCAGGAAAAUGGAAUUGAGUCAGGCGAAUCAGAAUCAAAUUCUGAGUCAGUCGAAAACGAACCAAGGUUUAACGGGAAGCCGAGACCCCUAAAACGCCCACAUCAACGAAGCGUUUCUGAAAAACAUUAGCCUUUUAUGUCUUAUUUAUUUAUUCCAAAAUAAAUAGUUCAAAUAUGA